AGUUUCGACGUGGAAGCACUGUACACGAAUAUUGACAAUGAGGGUGCAACACAAAGUUUGUUAUUGCUGUUGAAAGAACAUGGCUCCACUGUGGAUCCGUUCGGCUUCACGGUUAUUGACCUGGAGUUAUUGCUGACAGCCUGUCUCGGUUAUGAUGUGUUCCAAUUCAACAGUUCAUUCUGUGAACAGAAACGCAGUUUGGCAACGGAAGAUAGGCUGACGCCAGGCUUACAGAUAGGAUAUGAAGCCUCAGCUGCAGGUAGGCUUACAUGUAUACCAUCGAGAGACGGUGCAUUGACUGUAAUGUGA